UGGCCAUUUAUAACUCACGAACACACCCUCCCUCCCUCCGUCCAUCCCUCCCUGUCCACAGUCACGCGCCGUUUCUCAAGCUCCUCAGCUUUUUGCUCAGGCGGUGGUCUUGCGGCAGCUGCGGCGAAGAUGAGGGCGGCAGGGGCGGGGAUGGCGGCGGUUGUGGCGUCGUUGGCAUUAUUGCCACUGCUUGCACAGGCCAUUGCCAUAGACAAAAUGAGGCAAUUGGCAGCUAAAAACAAUGUGACCUGCAUUCUGGUCUUUGGGGACUCAAGUGUUGAUCCUGGGAACAACAACCGGCUUCAGACCACCAUGAAGAGCAACUUCCUUCCUUAUGGAAGAGACUUCUUCAAUGGCCACCCAACUGGGAGGUUCUGCAAUGGCAGGCUCGCCACUGAUUUUAUUGCCGAGGCACUUGGGUACACCAAGGCAAUCCCAGCAUUUCUUGACCCGAAGCUGACCAGAUCAGAGCUCCUUCACGGGGUUAGCUUUGCAUCCGCUGCUUCCGGAUAUGACGAUUUCACUGCCAAUAUCUCGAGUGUGCUCCCAGUAUCGAAGCAGCUGGAGUAUUUUCUGCAUUACAAGCUCCACCUGAGUAAGUUAGUGGGGGGGAAGAAGGCAGAAGAUAUCAUCAACAAUGCAGUGUUCAUCAUGAGCAUGGGAACUAAUGACUUCCUCCAGAAUUAUUACCUGGACCCGACUCGCCCCAAGCAGUACUCCUUGCAAGCCUACCUAACCUUUUUGAUCUCUUGCAUGUCUCGUGACAUUCAGGAAAUGCACAGAUUGGGGGCUAGGAGAUUGGUCAUCGUCGGGGUCCCGCCUCUGGGAUGCAUGCCACUCGUCAAAACCCUAAUGGACACGAAGACUUGCUACCAAGACUACAACAAGAUAUCUUUCUCGUUCAAUUUUCUGAUCCGGAGAAAACUGGACUCUCUGAGGAAAAGCAUAGGGCUGAAGACCAGCUUCGUGGAUGCUUAUGCCGUCAUACAAGACGCGAUCAACCGCCCCAACAGAUACGGUUUGACGGAGACGAGCAAAGGGUGUUGUGGGACAGGAACGGUGGAGUAUGGGGACACAUGCAAAGGGCUGACCACAUGUUCUGAGCCAGAGAAGUAUGUCUUCUGGGACGCUGUUCAUCCUACCGAGAAGAUAUACAAGAUCGUUGCUCUCAAGGCCAUUGCAUCUUUCGAUGAAAACCUUCUUGCCUAGAGCACCUCUCCGAUGUUAAACUACGGAGGCAGUUGACGUAUACUGGGUUUGGGAUUUUUUAUUUGCAUUGUCGAAUUUGUCGUAAUCCUAGGACGCUAAGGUGGGCACUUGAUUUCGACGUUCUAGCCAGUACGUUUGAUGUACAUUGUUGAAUUAUAUCUCUAUCGAGUAAUAUAUAUCGCCGAGAGUUCACUUUUAGGGUUA